AUGAAGCUAGUGAAUGUUGCUGAACAAAUAAUAGAGAAUGCGAGACAACUCAUGCGCAGUCCGAACAUCAAUAUCUCUAUGGAUAAGACUUUGUCCAUUCUGGCUGCCAUCAACGAAAACACUGCCAGACUUACAAGUAUGGUGGCAUCGGCGAAUGAUAUCUCGGAGGAUUCGGUAGUAACUCGAAUGUCUUCGCUCGGCCAACCUAAUUCAGAAGUCAAGAAGUUACUGCUGUACUUCAAGGGAGAGCUAAGAGCUACAGUCCGAGAUGUUCUCAGCAGCACAUCUUCCGGCGAACCGAGAUACCUCAGGAUCUUAGAAGAAUGCUAUAAGCGCGCUCUUGAUGAUGUUUACUUUGAUUACAUCGACGAAGCAUUUCUUACGUCGCCUUACGAUCCAGACUACGAAAGCGAGCAGUUCUACGAGCACGAGGAUCGUCUUCAGAUCGAUGAAGAUUAUGCAGCCUGCUUUGAGGCGGAGCGUGAACGUAAGUAUGCGGAUCGUAUGGAAGCGAGAGAACAUACCAAGAGGAUCUGGAUCGAGUUCUGGUCACAGGCACUACAAAAACGUCCUGGUGGUCCGACACUGUUUAUACCUACAGACACUCUCGGCGCCAAUGACCUUCUUGAUACUUCAAGAUAUCUUUUCCGGGCUUUCGACUUAGCGAGUCCCGAAAGGACCGACGAUACAGUCGUGGCGUCUGCAGCAAGCGUAUACUCCGACCUUGAAGUCGACCAUUUCAACAUCCUUUCUUUAGACAAGGAAGAAGCCAAUUCUAGAUUACACAAUCAUCUCACCAAAGGUCUAUUUGGUGCUCCAGACUCUGAUAACCUUAUGUCCUGGAGCAAUUCGCUGCUUUUCGUCAUCCAAUACGCCAUCUGGAGAUCCGAGCAGCGCGGAUGGGCUCCAGAACAAGUUCAAAUCUGCGCAAUUGACACAACCAGAUUUCCCAAAGGACAGUUUGCACGAGAUAUGUGGUUGAUGCAGCAGUGUUACGACUCUUCCUUGGAACACAAUCCCCUUGACAGUUUGAUCUCACUUAGAAAGAAGACGGGCUAUUACAAUGGGGAGCACCUCUCUCAGGGAACAGUACACCACAAAGGACGUUCUUGCGUGUUUACCCUCCAGCACCUUAUUGUUGCUGGGCUAUGUGAGCUUUAUCCAGAGUUCGAUGACCUAGAAGGCAGAAUGGGAUGGACCAAUCGUGUUUUGACACUUCGCUCUAAGUGGUCUUCUACAAGCUCGACAACACAACGGGAUAUACAUCUGGCAAUUAAACUGGCAGAUUUGUGCUUCCCAGGGAUGCCACCAUUGGAUAUAGCCCUGAUGUUUCUGACAUUCAAACAUCGAAAGGUUCGAGAUAGCUUUCGGAUGAGAAUCAGUAAGUCUGGCUCGCACAGUUUCUACACCCACUGGAUGUUGCUGAAGUAA